AUGCGCGCAGUGGUGGCGGCAGCGCACGACGUGUCGGCGGCGCUCGAGGGCGACCUGGUGUCUGCGAUGGAGCUGCUCGAUGCAGGGUAUGACGCCGUGUACCGCGUCGUGGGCGGCGUCUUCAUCAUCGCGGUCACUCGGGCCGGCGCCAACCCCUUUGCCGCGCUCAACCUGGUGGUGGCCGUCACGCGCCUGCUGUGCGCCGAGUGCAAGACGGUGGACCUGACGGCGGCCCGCAUCCUCAAGAGAUACGCGCAGGCCUACCUGUCUGUCGACCUGCUGGUGUCGCGGGGCUCCCUGGACAUUGUGCGCGCCCUCACUGACGCGGCCCUGGUGCUGGAGGCCCUCAGCCCCCAGGGCGCCAAGGCGCGCAAGAUCAAGGCCCUGCAGGACAAGGCGCAGGCGGCGGUGGCGGCGAAACAGGCCAAGCAGAUCGGCAAGCGCCUGCCCGACAUGCGCAGCCGCGACGGCCGCUUCGCCUUUGCCACGCCGCCUGAGCUGGCGGCGAUCGACGUGCACCUGCCCACCUUCCCGCUGCCAGACCUGCCUGGCCCGGACCAGCCGCUGGCAAAGCCCGUCGUCGUCAAGACGCUCGAGCUGGAAGAGGAGAAGAAAGAAGAAGCCGAGCCCGAGGAGGAGGCGCCGCAGCCCAUCAGCAUCCUGCUGGCGCCCAAGGGUCCUGCGCUGCGCCUGCAGGAGUCGUGGCUGGCAGAGAGCGUCGGCGGCCGCGUGCUGCGGGCGGGGCUCAGCGGCGCGGUGCGGUGGGCGUCGCAAGAGGUCAAGUCCCUAUCCGGCAGCGUGCCCUUCAAGCUGCAGGUCCCCGACUUUGUGGAGCGUUCAGUGAAGGCCGCGAUCAGCUGCGCCCACGCCACCGACCGCGCCGUCAAGCAGGGCCCAGAGUACGGCUCAUUCAUCGCCGACACGCUAUCUGGGCUGCCGGCCUCAACCGCCCACGGCCCGCCCAAGCGGGCGGCGGCUGCUGCGGUGCCCGCCAAGAAGAGGAAAUCUAAGGGCGGCGCCAAGGCGGAGGCAGCGGCGGCAGCGGGGGCGGCGGCGGUAGUGGCGGCCGAGGAUGCAGCGGACUCCAAGGGAGGCGAUGCGGCCGGGGCGGAGGCCGAGGGAGGGGCGUCCAAGGCAGCGGCGGCCGCGGCUGCGACGGGGCCGCCGGUAGCUGUGCUGGCGACGGUGCAGUUUUCGGUGCCUUCAGAGCUUCAGCUCAAGACGCGGGACCUGGUCAUCGACCUAAUAGUGCCUUCAGAGCUCGGUGCCCCCCGCAAGGCCGAACCCGCGGGCGCGGAGUGGGGCGCGAAGCAGGCGACGCUGCGGUGGCGCCUGGGCGGCGUGUACCCCGGCUACCGCGGCGCGGCCGUGGCGGCGUUCAGGGUGGAGGGCGGCGCGGCGGCCGCGCUGGCGGCGCUCCCGCUGGUGCGGGCCGUGGUGCGGGUCAGAGGUGAGGUGGGGGAGACCCUCACCGGCCUGCAGCUGGCGCAGGCGACGAGCACGGUUGCGGCGGGGCAGGCAGGCAUGCACGUACAGGCGGAGACGAGCGAAUGGGCGGCGUUUGUGUUGGCUCGGCCGGCGCUGGUGGAGGGCGGUGAGUGGGCCGUUGUCAGGGCGCCCUGGGCGGCUGCGGCGGAGACCACCAACGAGCCGACGGAGGGCGCUGCGGAGCAAGCUGCAGGGGAGGCGGCAGCGGGCGGGGGCAACCCCACAGAGGCCGCUGAGGGAACGGCAACCGGUCGUGCGGACGAGCCCGCGGAUGUGGUGGCCGAGGCAGCGCUGUCCAAGGCAGCGCCGCCCAAAGCAGAGGGAGCCGACAGCGCAGCAGGCACGGACAGGCCCCCGACAGCAGCGGCAGCGGCAGCAGCGCCCAAUGUCGCUGGCAAGGCAGCGGAGGACACCAAGGCCGCGCCGCAGCCUGCUGCCGCGGCUGGGUCUAGCAGCGCUGCGAAGGCUGUGUCAAAACCACCAGCAACGUCCACCUAA